AUGAAUGCGCAGGAAGCCUGUUGCAAGUUCCUCAAGAGGCAGUUGCGCCCGUCGAAUUGCCUGGGAGUCCGAGAGUUUGCCGAUAGUCACUCCUGUCGAGAGCUCGUUCGUUAUGCUGAUAAUUACAUCUUGAGGAAUUUCCAGAGCAUUAUUUUCACAGAAGAGUUCCAUCAGCUUCCAAAAACUCAAUUGAUCCAGCUCCUGUCCAACGAUAAGCUCGUUGUAUGUUCUGAAGAGCAGGUUUUCACUGCAAUUCUUCAAUGGGUUGAGUUCGAUUUGUCAUCUCGGAAGGAGCUACUCCCGAAGGUAAAAGCUAGAAGCUUUUUCAAACACUGA